AGAUUCCGUGAUAGCGCUAAGCGGGAGGGGGCGGAGUAGAAGGUCUGGUCCUGCAGACCAGGAAUUUCGCUGUACGCCUGUCACUUAUCAGGGUCUGACCGUACGUAGGGAAGUUGUUUUGUGUCCGCUUCCCCCACCACCACAUUUUCAAACGGAGAAGAAAGUGCGAGGUUUAGUGACGACAGAGGCGGAUGGCUCAGAAAAUCAACGAGGCAUUGGAACAUAUAGCGGCAGCUGAAAAAUGUCUGAAAACAGGCUUUCUAAAGUGGAAACCUGAUUAUGACAGUGCAGCAUCUGAAUAUGCAAAGGCAGCUGUUGCAUUCAAAAAUGCGAAACAAUAUGACCAAGCAAAGGAUGCCUACCUAAGAGAAGCCGAGUCACAUCAGAACAAUAGAGCCUUCUUCCAUGCUGCUAAGGCCUAUGAACAGGCUGGAAUGAUGCUUAAGGAAAUGCAAAGGUUGCCAGAAGCAGUUCAUCUCAUUGAGAAAGCCAGCAUGAUGUUCAUAGAGAGCGGUACGCCUGACACUGCUGCCAUGGCACUGGACCGUGCUGGAAAGCUGAUAGAAAAUGUAAACUUGGAAAAAGCUGUAGCUCUUUACCAACAGGCUGCUUCAGUGUUUGAGAAUGAAGAGCGUUUACGCCAGUCUGCUGAAUUGCUUGGAAAAGUUUCACGGCUGCUAGUUAGGGCUCGCAGACUUGAUGAAGCUGCAACAUCUCUUCUGAAGGAAAAAAACAUGUAUAAGGAGAUUGAGAAUUACCCAACAUGUUUUAAGAAAACAAUUGCACAAGUCUUGGUCCAACUACAUAGGAAUGACUAUGUAGCUGCAGACAAAUGUGUUCGAGAAAGCUACAGUAUACCAGGAUUUAAUGGCAGUGAAGACUGUACUGCUUUGGAGCAGCUACUGGAAGGAUUUGAUCAACAAGACCAGGACCAGGUUUCUGCUAUCUGUAAUUCACCUCUCUUCAAAUACAUGGAUAAUGAUUAUGCCAAACUCUCUCUCAGUUUAAGAGUCCCUGGAGGAGGAACAAAGAAAAAGCCACCUGAGGCACAACAAGAAGCUGGAGAGUCCGCACAAGAUGCAGCUGGUACUGUUAAUGAAGAGGACGAUGAGUACUCCUCUGGAUUGUGCUAGUUAUGGACACAUCUCUUAUUUGACAUGUUUCAGGUCAAAUUGGAGUGCUUAGAAGUGAAGGCCAAAGCUCAAAAUAAUUCAGACUCUCGUCUUUAGCUGCCAACCUUUAACCUGCAAGAUUCUGGGUUGCAUAGGAAUGGCUCGAGAACCAGGUUGAUUUACAGAUGACAUUGUGAAGCAUUUAGGUUUGGUGGCAACAUUUAGAUUUGGCUAAUUUUGCAUUAUGUUUAAUUUAGAUAAUCUUAAAUGUGCUUUUUUGUUUUGGAAAUGUAAUCUUAAAUGUGCAAUUUCUUCUGGUUCUACCUAGACUAUUUUAAAUCGGUGUAAAGAAAUCUUGCUAUGGAGAACAUAUUUUUCUUUUUAUAGGCUUCCCACACAUAUGUCAUACUAUAUGUCAUUAAUGCAGUUUAUUUAUUAUACCAACGCAACAACAGAUUUGUUUUUCGUCUAUUAAGACAUUGAAUAGUGACAACUUUGGGAAGACUAUAAAAUGGGAGAAAUUUAAAAAUAUGUUCAGAAUUAAUUUACCAAACAACAUUGUAGCUUUGAAAUACUAUUGCACACAGUUAACAAAAGGAUACUGUAUCAUUAAGGCUGGAUAUUGCUACCAUUAAAGUGUUCCUUUUACACUUAUGCCAUGAUGUGGGAACAUAUGCUUAAAAAUUGAAAUAUUUGUACAUGUUCAAUAGAAUUCAGUAUUUAUGAUCUAUCAUGUAUAUACGUGUUGUCUAAUUCAAGUGAUAAUGUGCAUGUUUCGGCAAUUGUCAGUUAAUGUAUCCUAUAAGACUUGAGUACAAACUUACAAAAAGCUUUUUGUAAGUGCAUUUUCAAUCUUAAAAUUUUAACUUUAACCCAACACUAUAAAAGUAAUUCAAGAUGUUCAUGCAAAUGACUUCAUGGUAACUUAAAUAUCAUAAAAGGAACAAAAUUGUAAUUUCCUGAUAUUGCUGCCACUGAGAAAAUAAGGCCAGCAGGUCAGUAAAUACUUAUUGAUGUUCUUUAUCUGUGUUUGUUAAUGGUGUCACAAUGUGAACUUGAAAAAGCUGCUUUGUUAUGUAUACAGGUUUUGAAAUUUGUCCAAAGUAAAGUAUUGUACUUAACUGAA